GUCAAUUUAACGUAGAUUUAGUUAUUUCGUUUAUAAUAAUAAUAAUAAACAAAUUUUUGAAGUCCAUAUAUAAAUAGAUACGUAUGCUAUGUAUAUAUACAUAUGUAUAUAAGUAACAUAAAUGCGUGGCCAGGAGAAUGUUGAAGCUUAUUGGUUUGCUGGUGCAAUUGCCAAUACCACUGCACAAAUCAUAACGCAUCCAAUUGAUUUGGUACGAAUGUUGGUUCAGUCAAAUGCUAAAAAAGUAUCGUCACGAGAUAUUGUUAAAGAAAUCUUGGAAAAACAAGGAAUCUUGGGGUUUACAUUUAGCUUGCGGACCGCAACUCAAAGACAAAUUGUCUAUUCGAUAAUGCGUUUUGGUCUCUAUGAAAUGGGAAGACGUGCAGAAAGCUCGGAACAUUUCUAUUAUAAGGCCACAGUGGCUGCAGAAAGUGGAUUGGCCGCGGGUUUCUUUGUCACGCCUUUCGAUAAAAUGAAUGUGCGCAUGUGUACAGAUAUUAUAAAAUCGCCGGAUGAAAGCCGAAAGUACUCAUCAGUUUUUAAUGGAGUCAUAAGUUCGUAUAAAAAAGGUGGAUUAUCUAAAGUGUACAGAUGCGCCUUUAUAUCCUCGGUGCGCGGAAUGCUUAUGUCAGUGGGGCAGUUGGCGGUUUAUGAUGAGCUCAGAGAAGUAUUUUUCAAGACCGAGCGAUUUAAGGAAAACUGGCAUUCAUGCUUCAUGGCUUCAUUGAUAGCGGGUGGGGUCACCACAAUUAUAAUAACACCCGUCGAAGUGGUUAAACUAAUAUUUAUGGAUGCAAGCAGAUAUCAAUAUCGAAGUAGUUUGGAUGUAAUGCGUACGCUUGUACAAGUCCACGGCUAUAGGGGAUUCUAUCGUGGAAUAUUUGUUUCUUUUCUGCGCAUUGUACCGUCUACCUUGCUAACUUAUUUACUCUACGAGUGGAUAUGUCUGGAAUUCAAUUUAGGCAAUUGUUUUAGCGAUUAGUUUUUUGAAAAAUCACACCAACGGGUAUACGUAACCGGAAUGAAGCCGAAAUUGUAUCAAAAUUAUUUCUGGAAUGUUUUCUGUUUUUACAACAACAACAAAAAUAUUUAU